AUGAUGGAACACGCUGGACUGGGAAAGAGCUACUGGGGUGAAGCAGUGAUGACGGCGAUGUUUCUUCGAAACCGCUGUCCAACACGUGCCAUUCACCAAGACAAGUCUCCAUAUCAAGUGUGGACGAUGAAGAAACCGAUUCUGGCCAACCUUAAAGUGUUUGGAUGCCACGCGUAUGUUCAAGUGCCUCAAGACAAACGCGCGAAGUUCGACUCCAAGUCAUCACUCUGUCGUUUCCUGGGAUACGCCGAACACCAGAAGUCAUAUCGAUUUGAGGAAGUGUCAACAGGAGCGAUCAAGAUCAGUCGCGAUGCCACAUUCAUGGAAGACAAGUUUGAUGAAGGUCCGCGCAACUACAACGAUGAGUCAAGUGUCGUUGAGUUUGAUGAUCAUGAUGAGGACGAAGAAAAAGAAGAAGGUAAAACUGACGACGACAUGGACUCGAGCGACGAUGACAACGAAGACACCAGGUCUUCGAAGAGCAACAUCAAGAGACACACGCGCACUCAAUCACUUGAGAAAGCUACCGUCAUUCCAAGUCCCAAGCGAAGAACAUACAGAGGUCCGUCGCUUGAGCAUGUGUCAGCGGCUGCAAUGGAUUUUGAAGCAGCCUACAUCGUUGAUUCAGUGGGGGAAACGCCGACUACAUUCAAGUCGGCGAUGGAAUCAAGCGACUCCGGCAAGUGGAAAGAAGCGUGUGACUCGGAGUUCGAUUCGCUUCAGAGAAACGACACGUGGGAAAUCGUGCCUCUUCCGAAAGGUCGCAAGGCCAUCGGGUGCCGAUGGGUUUUUCGUGUAAAGGAGAAUCAAGAUGGCGAAGUUGAACGUUUCAAGGCAAGACUUGUGGCCAAAGGAUUCUCACAGAAAUUCGGAGUUGACUAUGAAGAAACUUUCGCACCGGUGGCCAAGUUUGUUGUAACUUGA